AUGUCUACGCGUCAAUCAUCUUCAGCGCAUCAGUCGCGCUCCUCGCUCGCUCCAGGUCAACACAAACAAAGACAACUCGCGCACCUCAAUGCGCAGCUCGCACAGCUCCAAGCACAUCUCGCAGACCUAGACGAUCAUCUACGCGUCACGGCUGUACAAUCUGGCGCGAUACGCAAAUUAGGUGCGCUUCAGGGCGGUCUCUUUAUGGCAGCGAGUCAGGUCCUUGUUGAGAAUGAAUUCGAGCAAAAGGAACGCUGA